CAUCACCGAGGCAGCCUGGCACUGGCAGCCAGCGCCAUCCGUCACGUACUUAUUACCCACCGCAUCGCCACCAUUGGCAAGGCACUCCACGGCAGCAUGGCCGACAAGGCGCCCGAAAAGCCAGCGGAAGCUGCUGUUGAGCCAGCGCCGGACCCUGAUGAGGACGACCUCGACGAUUUGGAUGAUGUCUUGGACGAGUUUGCCGCGACAAAACUAGAUGCGAAACCACCUGCGCCCGCCGUAUCAGGCCCUGCGCGACCCGGCGCUGUGCCAGAGCUGGCUGUUGCCGACGAGGACGAGUUCGCGCAGCAGCUACAAGCCGGCAUGGCAGACCUCCUAGGAGAGCUCGAAACGUCGCCCGAACUACAAAAACAGUUUGAAGAUUUAGUCAAAGAUCUAGGCGGCGCGGCAGCCUCAGAUGCGAGUGGCAGUGCGCCUGGCGCAUCCACUUCCGGUGAUAAAACGGCGGCUACCAAAGCAGCCGAGGAGUCGUUUCAAGAGACAAUACGGAAGACUAUGGAGCGGAUGCAGGAGUCAGGCGACCAGGCGAGUGCUGCGGCGGCGUCUGCUGACUCGGAUGACAUCUUUGCUCAGAUGUUGAAAGAGAUGGAGAAGGGGGGUUUUGGCGGCGAAGGCAACGAUGACGACUUUUCAAAGAUGCUUAUGGGCAUGAUGGAGCAGCUUACCAACAAGGACAUCCUGUAUGAGCCGAUGAAGGAACUACACGACAAGUUCCCGGAUUGGAUGGCAAAGAAUAAGGAGAAAACACCAAAGGAGAACCUCGACAGGUACGAGGAGCAGCACAGGUUGGUCACGGAAAUCGUGGCCAGGUUUGAAAAGAACGGGUACUCGGAUUCCAACGCGCCGGAUAGAGAAUACAUUGUUGAGAGGAUGCAAAAGAUGCAAGCCGCUGGGUCACCGCCACCCGAUCUCGUAGGCGACAUGAAUGCCGCUCAGGAGGCUCUGGGGGAAAUAGAUGCGGGUUGUCCGCAGCAAUAAACAAUAUACACUCUGUACACAUUCAAGAUGACCCGGCAUGACCUUGCAUCCUGGGAAUCCCCGACGAAAGCCUCCGCCAUGAUCGCCAUAAGCUGAUAAGUCCAAGUGAA